GGCAGAGGGAGGAGGAAGAUGGAACGUGCAGAAGUUGCUCACAAUCGGAACAGCGCGCCGCCAACCGAGUCCAACCUCUCCACGGUCCAGAGCGCAAAGGCACAAUGUUGCUCGACUUGUAAGGCUCCACAGACGUCUGCAGAGGGCUACUGACACGACUUCAGUCAUCGGCAUCGUCUUUUAUAUUCGCAGAAAGCAUCGCCAGGGGCCAAUGUCUCGAUGAAUUUCUCCGUGAAACUAACAAACGUCCUCCUGCUGGUGCUCCUCGCAGCGCAAGGCUGUUUUUCUUCUAAGGGAGAGGACAGAUUAUUUCGGAGGUUGUUCAGGAGGUACAACCAGUUCAUCCGACCAGUAGAGAAUGUGUCAGAUCCAGUCACAGUGGAGUUUGAGGUCUCCAUGUCUCAACUGGUCAAAGUGGAUGAGGUGAAUCAGAUUAUGGAAACCAAUCUGUGGCUGAGGCAUGUCUGGAACGACUACAAACUGAAAUGGGCCCCUGUUGAGUAUGAUGGGAUUGAGUUCAUACGGGUCCCUUCCAACAAAAUUUGGAGGCCGGACAUUGUUUUGUACAACAAUGCUGUAGGUGACUUCCUUGUGGAGGACAAGACCAAGGCUCUGCUGAGGUUCGAUGGCACCAUCACCUGGAUUCCUCCGGCUAUUUUCAAAUCCUCCUGCCCGAUGGAUAUCACCUACUUUCCCUUUGACUACCAGAACUGCUCCAUGAAGUUUGGCUCCUGGACGUAUGACAAGGCCAAGAUUGACCUGGUGCUGAUUGGCUCAAAGGUCAACCUGAAAGACUUCUGGGAAAGUGGAGAGUGGGAGAUCAUUGACGCACCAGGAUAUAAGCAUGACAUUAAGUACAACUGCUGCGAAGAGAUCUACCCGGACAUCACCUACUCCUUCUACAUCCGCCGCCUGCCUCUUUUCUACACCAUCAACCUCAUCAUCCCCUGCCUCCUCAUCUCCUUCCUCACAGUCCUGGUCUUCUACCUCCCGUCGGAUUGCGGUGAGAAGGUCACCUUGUGUAUCUCCGUCCUCCUCUCCCUCACCGUGUUCCUGCUGGUCAUAACUGAGACCAUCCCUUCGACGUCGCUCGUCAUCCCCCUGAUCGGCGAAUACCUCCUCUUCACCAUGAUCUUCGUCACCCUCAGCAUUGUGAUCACUGUCUUCGUGCUGAACGUCCACUACCGCACCCCUAUGACUCACACAAUGCCGGAGUGGGUGAGGUCUGUGUUCCUUGGGGUGCUGCCCAGGGUGAUGCUGAUGAGGCGGCCUAUCGACCAGGGCUGCACCUCCCCUGGCGGUGCUACAGGAGUGGCCGGAAGGGGACGGAAGAGUGCGGGAAACAGGAAGAGAAAGAACAGCAUAGGAGGAGGAAGUGGCACAGGAAGUGGCUCAGGAAGUGUAAGCAUUGGGGGUAUAACUGGGGGUGUAGCGUGUCCACCUUUGGAGGCCGGGGCGGCGGGAGGAGGAGGAGGUGGAGGAGGUGCCGCUGCCUCGGCUGGGGGCUCCAUGAACUGUGUAGAGUAUGGUGAGAGGAACCGGAACAUGAACCGGAGGUGCCCCUACAGAGGCAAAGAGGUACCGACUCCUGUCCCACCCUCGAUGGUGCCACCUCCCCCUCCCCCUCCUCCUCCUCCUCCUCCUCCACCCCCCCCCUCCCAACAUGCACCUCCGACCCAGGGACCUCAGGAGUCAGAUUUGCCCAAGGCGCCUCGGCCGCUGAAUGUCCCUUCGCCUGUCAACGCUGUUGUUGCCUUCUCCGUGGUGUCGCCGGAGAUCAAGCAAGCCAUAGAGAGCGUGAGGUACAUCGCAGAGAACAUGAGGACUCGCAACAAAGCCAAAGAGGUGGAGGACGACUGGAAGUAUGUGGCCAUGGUCAUCGACAGGAUCUUCCUGUGGGUUUUUGUGACAGUUUGUGUUUUGGGGACGGUGGGACUCUUCCUCCAGCCGCUCAUCAGCUUCUGGAAAUGAGAAAGUUUUCUUUGUCCUGUUUCUUUCUCUCUCUCUUGGUCCACUUCUGUCUGUCUCAGUACUCAACUUGAAUUACUGCUGUAGCUCUUUCAAAUCAAACACAGAACUGUCCUCUUUCUCCCUUUCUGGUAUUUGUCUCUCAUCUUUGUCUCAUGCUCUUCUCUGGGACUCACUCAUAGUUUUCAGCUGUCUUAUAUCCUCAAAUGAUUUCACCAUCUCAUCUUUGCCUCGCGUUCUUAACGUGCAUGCUGUGCUAUUCUCCAAUCUCCUCCGCUCCAUCAUUUUUUCUGACAUGAUCAUCAAGUCUUUCGUUCCGUUCCCUUUUCCCACUUUUCUCCUUCUCCUGUGCUAUGUUUUGACCUGACGCUGCCUACAAAAGCUCUUUAAAGUCUGUCUCCUCGCUCCCAUUGUGUCUAUUCUUUUCUGCAUUUUAUCUGUCUUUUAUUAAAAACUACUAUUCAGUCAUUGGUAUUAUUCAGUCUUAUACAAUGUGUUUAACAAUGUCAGGUCAUUAUUGAAGUAUUAUCAUAAUCACAAUUUGAAGAACCUCUUAACAUUCAAAUGGCUGAGAAAGAAAAACCUGAAAAACUUUAAUACGUUUUGCAGUAGGACUUUAACUGUCAUUGUGAGCCGGUGCAAUAAAGUGGUACAGAUGUUCAUCGAUAACAUCUAAGUUAAAGACAAGUACUGACUGUAAUAUGUAUGAUGUUGUUCUGACAGCUGCCACUUUUGCUAUUUUCAGACUGUUUUUCCUUGUCGAUACGUUUGUAAAAAGAGUUAAGCAUGACUUCUGAGAGACUUCCCACGCGUGUUCACGUAAAAGUACAAUUACGCAUUGCACAGUAAUUCACAAGUUCACUGCAAACCUACACUGUAUAGAAAACACUUUGAAUUGCACAAUAUAGAUUGAACUUGUAAGAAUACUUUAAAAGCCAAACUGUUUCAUGUUAUUUAAUAAUAAAGAAGGUCCUGGACUCAU